AAUGAAAACGUUGGCAAAGUGAACGUGUUGAGGAAGUUUGUUGUUGUUGUCAGUUAACAGCUGUUGGAGGGAGGCCGUGCUCCUGGGUGGUGCCUGUAUCAGUGCCUGUCUCGGUGCCUGUCUCGGACCUGCCUGGACUCGGAAUAUAUCAUUAAGAUCAAUCGAUGCACUAUAGAAGAUGGCGUGCAUUAAGCUGUCGAGAAAAAUUACUGGCCCAGCUACCGUUAUCGGUGGCAUCCUCAUACACCUCACUCUGGGCAACUUGUACAGCUUUGGUAACAUGAUGACAUAUAUGGUGUCAUAUAUGCAUGGAAGAGUUGAUCACAGUAUAGAUUAUGGAAACUUUAUAUGGGUGAACUCCAUCACCACUGCCGCUCAGGGCCUGUUCAUGGUGUUUGGUGGCCUCCUGGAGAAAAGAAUAGGACCUAAGUUGACCUGCUUUAUUGGCUGUACUCUAGUCAGUGCAGGUAUUAUGCUGACGUAUUAUACGAUUAACGUAUCGCUGUUUACUGUUGUCCUGACAUAUGGGCUGCUGUCUGGACUAGGAAUGGCCUUGUCUUAUGUUACCCCUCUUGCUUGUGGCAUGCAGUGGUAUCCCGAACAAAAAGGCCUAAUUAAUGGUUUAAUUGUAGCUGGCUUUGGACUUGGUGCUUUGGGCUCCACCAACCUCCAGACUCUUUAUCUCAAUCCACAUAAUACAUCACCCGAGUCCAAUGGGUACUUUGUUGACCCUGGUAUACUUGAUAAAGUUCCGUCCGUUUUCAUCGUGCUGGGAUUAACGUUUCUUGCCAUGCAGUAUAUUGGUUGUCUGCUUAUUAGAAGACCUGUGGUUGCUGAAGGGCAGGAAAAUCGGCAUUGGCAGGAAAGUGAAAGUUUGUUGCAUGUCGAUGAAGAACCAGACGAGAGGCUUAGUGUACAGGUACCUCCUCCAUGCACAACAAUACCAACAGACCUGCGGCCAGUGCAGUUGAUAAAGAACAAGACCUUCUACAUCUUUUGGUUUAUAUAUUUAUUUAACACCAUUGCUGUUGGCUACAUCAAUGCUAUGUAUAAAAGCUUUGGACAGACCUUCAUAAACAACGAUCAUUUGUUAGCUCAAAUUGGCUCAUUUGCUGCAGUAUUUAAUGCUGUAGGCCGGAUCGCUUGGGGGCGUCUCAUGGAUAAAACUUCUUUCCAAGUUGCUAUGCGUAUAUUGACAAUUACGUUAAUGCUUCUGUUUGCCACACUGCCAUUAACACAGCAGAUGGGAAAGGCAGGUUUUGCGGUCUGGGUGUGGCUCAUUUUCUUUACAUUCUCUGGAACCUUUGUGUUGAUGCCAACUGUGGUGGAGAAGGCUUUUGGCGCUCAACACUACUCUGCCAAUUAUGGGCUUCUCUUCACUAGCCAGACUGUGUCAGGUCCUCUGAUGGCUGCUGUCAACCAAUUGAUGUUGAAUGCUGUUGGCUACACUGGGUGUUUUCUCACAAUAUCUGGUAUCAUUUCCUUAAGUGUAGGCAUGACCUUCUUGGUACCCAGCGGCCUGUGAUGGAAGCCACCACUAGGAACGGGGUUUUUGAACUUUUGAAACUUUAACAAAGCCAAUCCCUGUAGCAAAACUACCUGUUGUAGUACUGAUUUGAUAAUGUUCUAUCACUCUCCGGUUUAUAAUUAUUUUUUAGAUCUGAUAUUGGUUUUAAUUUGUUGAAAGAUUGUUUUUUAAAGAAUCCAAUAUAUUUAUAAUAAAAUCUAUAUUCAGGCGAUGAGUCACAAUAACAUGGCUGAAGAAUGUUGACCAAACCACACACUAGAAGGUGAAGGGACGACGACGUUUUGAUCCAUCCUGGACCAUUCUCAAAUCGAUUGUGAUGAGGGAGUUGAUGCAGGGCAAUAAAUAGGCGAGAGGGAGGUGAUGAGCAAGGCAAAAGGUAUGAAUGGUAAGGUGUAGUAGAGGGGAUAGUAGUAG